CCGGGAGUCGGGGCCGGAAGAGGAGUUGUUGUGUCGGCGGCAGCGGCUGAAGGUGACACUCUAGAACUACGUUAUUGAUGUGCUGUGAAAGGACUUCUGGCAGGAUGAUGCUGUCUCUCCGACACCUCCUUCGCUCACCUCUCCCCUCCCCUUCACCUGUUGUUUCUCUAGUCAGAUAUAACUCUACAGCACCUGAACAGGCACCAAAAAAGACCAAGUUUGGGCCCCUGAGUGAUGAAGAUCGAAUUUUUACAAAUUUGUAUGGUCGUCAUGAUUGGCGGUUAAAGGGAGCUCUGAACCGUGGAGACUGGUACAAGACUAAGGAAAUCCUUCUGAAAGGAGUGGAUUGGAUAUUGGGGGAAAUCAAAGCUUCAGGCCUACGUGGAAGAGGAGGUGCUGGUUUCCCAACAGGUCUGAAAUGGAGCUUUAUGAACAAACCAUCUGAUGGACGCCCCAAGUAUCUUGUGGUGAAUGCAGAUGAGGGUGAACCAGGUACCUGUAAGGAUCGUGAGAUCAUGAGGCACGAUCCCCACAAGUUGGUGGAGGGAUGUCUGGUUGCUGGUCGCAGCAUGGGGGCACGAGCUGCUUACAUCUACAUCAGAGGAGAGUUUUACAAUGAGGCCUCAAACCUUCAGGUCGCUAUCCAGGAAGCAUAUACUGCAGGCCUUAUCGGACGCAAUGCCUGUGGGUCAGGAUACGAUUUUGAUGUGUUUGUGGUGAGAGGAGCUGGAGCCUAUAUUUGUGGAGAGGAAACUGCUUUGAUCGAGAGCAUUGAAGGAAAGCAAGGAAAGCCUCGCCUCAAGCCUCCAUUCCCUGCGGAUGUUGGUGUGUUUGGCUGCCCGACAACAGUUGCUAAUGUAGAGACUGUUUCUGUGGCCCCCACUAUCUGCCGCCGUGGUGGAUCCUGGUUUGCUGGCUUUGGUCGGGAAAGAAAUUCUGGAACCAAACUGUUCAACAUCUCUGGACAUGUCAACACCCCAUGCACUGUGGAAGAGGAGAUGUCCAUCCCACUAAAAGAGCUUAUAGAAAGACAUGCAGGUGGUGUCAUUGGUGGCUGGGACAACCUGCUUGCCAUAAUCCCAGGUGGUUCAUCCACUCCUCUUAUCCCCCGUUCCGUGUGUGACGACGUCCUCAUGGACUUUGAUGCCUUGAUACAGGCACAGACUGGUCUAGGCACAGCAGCUGUCAUAGUAAUGAAUAAAUCAACUGACAUUGUUCGUGCUAUUGCGCGUCUCAUAGAAUUCUAUAAACAUGAAAGUUGUGGUCAGUGCACACCAUGCAGGGAAGGUGUUGAUUGGAUGAACAAAGUCAUGUGGCGAAUGUGUCAAGGAAAUGCCCGCCCAGAUGAGAUCGACAUGUUGUGGGAAAUCAGCAAGCAGAUUGAAGGCCACACUAUCUGCGCUUUGGGUGAUGGAGCAGCUUGGCCUGUACAGGGUUUGAUUCGCCACUUCCGGACAGAGUUGGAGGAACGUAUGAAACAGUUUCAUACAGUCAAGCGACAGCAUGCCAGCAGUUAAGAGGACACAAGACACCCUGCACAAAGUACAAUCUGUUUUGAGGAAAUCCUGCAUGAACUUCUGUAUGUAUAAUAAAAUAACUUUCUAAGCUGA